AAUUCUUAAUCAGACUUUACUUACCUUUCGACUUAGCAGUGAUUAAUUUCUACCAGAAUUGUAGAACAUAUAAGGUAAAUUCUCCCUUUUUCUGCGCUAGACUCCAAAAACAAGUCAAAUUUAAACUCUAACCACUUUCAUACGGUGUGCAGUAGUCUCACAGCUCAUAUCAGCUAGAUAUUUUUGGUAUUUCAAAUCAAUAUUUAUUCCAUCACAAGCUCACAACUCAAGUCACACUUCAGAGUUAGUUAGUUUGUUAGUUAGUUACUACGCGUGAUGAUGAAAGGUGGACAAGGAAAGAAGCUCCUAUGGACCAACAUUCUUUGCAUCCUUUUACUUCAAUGCCUUGAUCUCACAAUCAGUGCUAAGGUUCCUGCAAUCAUAGUGUUUGGUGACUCGUCCGUGGAUGCAGGAAACAACAACUUCAUAUCGACUGUUGCUCGCAGCAACUUCCAGCCGUAUGGACGCGAUUUCAUGGGCGGGAAGCCAACGGGGAGAUUCAGCAACGGAAGAAUCGCAACUGAUUUUAUAUCAGAAGCAUUUGGAAUCAAGCCAUACAUACCAGCAUACUUGGACACUAGCUAUAACAUCUCACAGUUUUCUACUGGUGUCAGUUUUGCUUCUGCUGCUACCGGUUAUGACAACGCCACUUCAGAUGUCCUGUCUGUUAUACCAUUAUGGAAGCAAUUGGAGUACUACAAGGAGUACCAAAAAAAGCUAGGUGCCUAUCUUGGAGAAAAAAAGGCGAAAGAGACGAUUGCCAAAUCAGUAUACAUAAUAAGUCUAGGCACAAACGAUUUUCUAGAGAAUUACUACACAAUUCCUGGUAGGGCAUCUCAAUAUACACCAAGAGAGUAUCAGAAUUUUCUAGCUGGAAUAGCUGAAAAUUUUGUUCAUAAACUUUAUAGUCUUGGUGCUAAGAAAAUAUCCUUAGGAGGUUUACCUCCAAUGGGAUGUUUGCCUUUGGAGAGAACCACAAAUUUUGCUGGUGGGAAUGAUUGCGUGUCUAAUUACAAUAACAUCGCGUUGGAGUUCAAUGAUAAACUUAAUAAAUUGACUACGAAAUUGAAGAAGGACCUUCCUGGGAUCAGAUUGGUUUUUUCGAAUCCGUAUGAUAUUUUGCUCAGUGUUGUUAAAAAGCCAGCGCAAUAUGGGUUUCAAGUGACUUCGAUGGCGUGUUGUGCUACUGGAAUGUUUGAGAUGGGAUAUGCAUGCAGCAGGGCUAGUAUUUUCAGUUGUAUGGAUGCUUCUAGAUAUGUAUUUUGGGACUCAUUCCAUCCAACAGAGAGAACUAAUGGCAUUGUUGCAAACUACUUGAUGAAGAAUGCAUUGGCUCAGUUUUUACACUAGCUAGGGAAUUAUUAUGAGUUUUAUGCAUGUAAUAAUAAUAUUAUGAGUAUUAUGAGUUUUUUUAAAUGAUUUUCUUCCAUGUUUUCUACAUCAGAAAUGUUUGAAAACUAUGUAACAAAAUGCUCUUAUUUAUGUGCAAUAAUAACAAAGGUUUGC